UUUCAGGACAGAAAAUUAAGGAAAAGAUAUCUUGUGCAAUUUCAGAUGGACAUAAGACAUUUUGGGAAUGCUUAGUGGAUUUUGAGUUUUUUUUCAGUGGAAGGUUUUGAGGGCUUAUGUUCAGAGGGUGUUUCGAGGCAUAUUAUGUUUAUAGCUCGACGAAUUGAGUAUUUUACUCUGUUGGACAUUUUGAGAUUAGGCAAAAGAUGGGAUGUUUUAAGGGUUUGCUCAUUUUCGGGUUUAUUCAUUGGGACAUUUUUUCUUACUUUAAAUAAGCUAGGAUUUCCCCUUUUCAGCGCCGCAGGCGAAAAUUUUGGAAAUUUCUGA